AUGGCUACCGCGACGCUCCUCCUCCUCGUGGUGCUCCUCCUCUUCGCGGCGACACCGGCCCCGUCCCUCGCGGAAAGCUUCGUCGUCGGCGGCAGGAAACAUCGCUGGGCACCCAACAUCAACUAUACAGACUGGGCGGACCAGAACCAGUUCCACGUCGGCGACUGGCUCGAAUUCAGGUACGAGAAGGGCCAGUACGACGUGGUGCAGGUGAACGAGACGGCGUACGCGGCGUGCGACGCCAGCAGCCCCAUCCUCAGCUACAGCCGCGGCCACAACUUCGUCUUCCGGCUCAACCAGACGGGCCGGUUCUACUUCAUCUGCAGCCGCGGCUACUGUUGGAAUGGCAUGAAGGUCUCCGUGCUCGUCCAGCCGCCGCCCGCGUCGCCGCCUCCGGUCGUGGCGCUGGCGCCCCACGCGUCAAGCGCCAGUGCGGGUGCGGCGCCCGGGGUUUGGUCUGCAGCACUAGCUGCCUUGCUGGGCUGGGCGGUGGUCAGCCCGUUGCCGUUUCGGGUCUAA